GAGCUAUCUAUAAAGGCCUGAUCCCACAGUAUAAAAUAUAUUGAUUGUACUGAAGCAAAUGUGGCUCAGAAAAUGUAAUCAUUUGACAGGGGUGUUUGCCAUAAACUGCCAUGUUUUUCACUUAUUUUCAGAGACUUCCACAGACAUGGCGGAGGCGCAUCAGGCGGUGGGCUUCCAGUUCACCGUGCGCCCAGACGGUGUGGACCUUAAACUGAGUCAGGAGGUCAUCAAAAACAUUUACCUGUCAGGACUCACUGCAUGGAAGAAGAAAGCCAUACAAUUCAAGAACGGCGUGUUAGCUGGAGUCUACCCAGCCAGUCCUUCCAGCUGGCUGAUCGUUGUCAUUGCAAUGAUGAGCAGCCUGUACACUCGGGUCGACCCCUCACUGGGAAUGAUCGACAUCAUAAAGGAGAACCUGCCACACAGGGGCUACCUGACUGUGCAGACUAGAGCCGUGCUAGGUGCUGUCUUCUUUGCAACUGGUCUGUGGCUGUUUCUGAUCUACCUCCUGAGAUACACCCUGAAAGCGCUGCUCUCCUACCACGGAUGGAUUUUUGAAUCUCACGGGAAAAUGAGCUCCUCAACAAAAGUGUGGCUGAGUCUUGUGAAGAUGUUCUCCGGACGAAGGCCACUGCUUUAUAGCUUCCAGGCCUCACUACCUAGACUUCCUGUUCCCAGUGUGGACGACACAAUUGACAGGUACCUUGAGUCGGUGCGCCCCCUGUUGGACGAUAAACAGUACAGCCAGAUGGAGAUGUUGGCGAAGGAAUUUCAAGACAAAGAAGCGGCUCAGCUCCAGCGAUAUUUAAUCUUGAAAUCAUGGUGGGCGACCAACUACGUGAGUGACUGGUGGGAGGAGUUCAUCUACCUGAGGGGCCGCAGUCCCAUCAUGGUCAACAGUAAUUUCUAUAUCAUGGACCUCUUAUACGUGACACCAACACACCGUCAAGCUGCUCGGGCAGGAAAUGUGGUCCACGCAAUGCUGCAGUACAGACGGAAGCUGGAGCGCGGAGAACAUGCGCCGCUGAGAGCUUUGGGGACUGUACCCAUGUGUUCCACCCAAAUGGAGAGAAUGUUUAACACCACCCGCAUCCCUGGUAUAGAGACAGAUAUUUUGCAGCACCUGACUGACCGGAAGCACCUGGUGGUCUACCACAAGGGCCGGUUCUUCCAGCUCUGGCUGUACACUGGAGGCCGGCACCUAUUGCCCAGUGAACUCGAAGUCCAGUUCCAGCGGAUCCUCAGCGAUGCAUCGGAGCCGUUGCCUGGAGAGUUGAAACUCGCCGCUCUGACAGCAGGAAACAGGGUUCCUUGGGCACAAGCGCGGAUCAAGUACUUCAGCCAGGGAGCAAACAAAGUCUCCCUGGAUGUGAUCGAGUCUGCAGCCUUCUUCCUGGCCCUCGACGAUGAGCCGCAGGGUUAUGAUGUUGCCAAGUCCAACUCUCUUGAUGGUUACGCCAAGUCACUGCUGCAUGGGAAAUGUUACGACAGGUGGUUCGACAAGUCCUUCUGCCUCAUUUCAUACCCGAACGGGAAAAUGGGUGUGAACGUGGAACAUUCGUGGGCAGAUGCGCCAAUUGUUGGGCACAUGUGGGAGUAUGUGCUUGCCACCGAUUGUUUCCACCUGGGCUACACAGAGGAAGGACACUGCAAAGGAGACGUGACCAAGGGUCUUCCUUACCCAACUAGACUGCAGUGGCACAUUCCAAAGGAGUGCCAAAGCGCCAUCGAGACGUCGUACCUCUCCGCCAAGCAGAUCGCAGAUGACGUCGACUUCCACGGCUGCCUCUUUACCGAGUUUGGAAAAGGCCUUAUCAAGAAGUGCAGGACGAGUCCAGAUGCUUUUAUUCAACUGGCCCUGCAGCUGGCCCAGUUCAGGGAUCAGGGUGAGUUUUGUCUCACGUACGAGUCGUCGAUGACCCGAAUGUUCCGAGACGGUCGGACGGAGACAGUCCGAUCCUGUACGUCCGAAGCGGUCGCCUUUGUCAGAGCCAUGGAGGACGCCAGUGCCCCGAAGGAGCAGAAACUUGCCCUGUUUCGAAAAGCAGCAGACAAGCAUCAGAACAUGUAUCGUCUGGCCAUGACUGGGUCUGGUAUCGACAGGCACCUCUUCUGUCUCUACAUCAUGUCCAAAUAUCUCUGCGUGGACUCUCCGUUUCUGAAGCAGGUUCUUUCAGAACCUUGGAAGUUGUCCACCAGCCAGACGCCUCAGCAGCAGCUCAACCUAGUUGACAUCAACAAGUUUCCCAAAUACGUCAGUUCUGGUGGCGGAUUCGGCCCAGUUGCCGAUGAUGGUUACGGAGUGUCUUACAUCAUUGUUGGUGAGAACCUCAUCACAUUCCACAUCUCCAGCAAGUUCUCCAGUCCAGAUACCGUAAGAGAUGAAACCCGAAUGACCUUGAAUACACAAGGUAUCUAUCUCACUCAUGUAUGCUUCCACCUUUCCCAUCAUCAGAACUCCUUCAGGUUUGGCCAAAACAUUCGGAAGGCCAUGACCGACAUCCAGGCACUUUUCAAAUCGAGCGAGUCGACAGUUCAAAAUGGGCUGAAAGUUCCACUGGAAAAUGGGAAGAAGCAUGAAUAACAUUCAUUCAUGGCUGUCUCAUUUAGCAGGGCUCCAUUUUUAGCACUGGUCACAUGACUUUUGUCAUGCAACACAUUGGAAAAGGGACACGUCCCUUUUAAAAAUGGCUUCGCUUUUGGUUAAUUUUAUGGGACCACAUUAGUACCAGUUAUUGGAACUGAUUGAGACUCCAUCAGAAUAUUUCAAAAUACGAAAACUAUAUGAAUGAAGUAAAAAAAGAUAUAGAUUAAAAAAUAGAAAGUGUCAAUACGACACAGAGGAUCUUGUUACUUCUCUAAUGUAUUAAGUUAUGAAGGAGAGUGCUCCAGUAAUAUUAAUAAUAUUGUGAAUAUGUGAAUAUUACACUUGUAAAUACUUUGAUUUUGUGCAAGUAUUUAUUCCUUUUUCUUUUUUUGUGUCAUCAAAUAUGUAAAAUCGGUCAGCUGGUCACCAAUACUGUCCUACCAGGCAACACAGUUAUCAGGAGAGCAAGUCAAUGAGACAAACAACUACUUUAAGGACGUUCUUUAUUUUCGGAGGUUGUCUCGAGGUUACUUGUCAUCCCAAAUAUCACAUGACAGCUCAUCUUUCACAACUUGUAUUUGAGGUCAAAUUUCUGACAUGAUGACGUCGACCGCCGAUCAGCUCUUGAGUGCAAACUACUGGUUUCCAAAAAGAGGACAGACAGUUAGAAAAAUGAAAUCUCCAGCUGGAAUAUUCUAUUUCAGCAUAAUGGUUUCGCUUUGAUCGGUGACACAGCAGCGAGCAAAACAGUCUUCUACGUGAUUAUUUAUUAGUUGAAGUGAACUCAAUACAAAAAAUAAGUAAAAAAAAAAGAAAACAAUCCGUGUGGUCACUCGUCUUCCUUCAAGGCAUCAGUUACAUGGGUCAACUAAAACCAGACUGUACAACUUGAACAGAAAAAAGCCAAAGACAGAGAUGUGGUCACUCCCUCGCCAGCAGCUGCCUCCCACUCAAGCACUUUUUACAACAGAAUAAAAAGACACAAAUGGAUGGAGUUUUGCACAUUUUCUUACCAAUUGUUUUAUUGGGGAACUGCGGGAUGAGUCUUUCGAGCGAUGUGGGCCACACCUGCGUGCAGAGCAGUUUUUUUUUUCCAUGAUAAUUGACAACAAUCCAGUCUUCUCCGUGUGCAUGCUGGUC